AUGGACAUGUACAUGUCCAGCUACCCACGUCUUACGACCGAAUGUUACUCUCAGCCUGCUCAAGUAACUACCAAUGGCCCCCAAAAUAUCCAGCAAUCAUUCAAUGAUAAACCCAACUCGACCACUCAGGAACACAACGAGAUAGAAAUAAUGAAUGCAUCUACCGUUGUUGCAGCCCCAAUUUAUUACAGACCUUCCGGUUUAACAGCUGCCGAUCUUGAAGUCUUUACUAAACCUACCUACACUGUGAUGUCCAUGCAACCUGACUCAAUCGUGACCGCAACCGUUCAUUCCACGCCCCAUAACCUCUCCUUUCAUAACAAUCACCUAGAACAAAACACCAUCCACAAUGAAACAGUGGUCCUUUGUACACCUCCCGAAAUAUUGAUUAAAAUAUUCUCCGAAUUCUACAACGAUUCUACCUACACGUUCGAAGUAGGGGACAAAGAAAAUAUCGCUUUCAUAGUAUCCCACGUAUGUCAUCAGUGGUGUAGCACUGCUAUCGAUCUGUGUGCAGCCUUUUGGACACCAUUGACAAUAGUCAGGAGACGAAGUUCAAAUCAAGAACGCACUAUAGCCUGGACGGAUCUGACGUCCAUGGCUAUUCAUCGCUCCAAAAGUAGGAAGCUCAAAAUUAUGUUCGUAGGAUCGGACGAUGAACUUAUGGCACCUUCUCUUGCGGGAGCCCUUCGAGUAAUCAUAGCAGAAUCACAGUGCCUGGAGAUUCUCAAUUUGUAUCUCCCUUUGGCUUUUAUUCCAAUGCUCUUGGCGCUUGAAGGCAGAGUGCCUAAUCUUCGUCGAUGUGCUGUUCAUACAAUUGGGAAUAAUUCAACUGCACGACACCACAUCAAUGCUUUUGCAGUAGCACCUCUACUCAAAAGACUCACUUUCGCCAGUUUAAACUCCCGUUCCACCUUUUCAGUCCCUCGCACUUCCAUCACAUUUUACGAAGACCUCCACGACUGUUAUGCCAGCGACUACGUCCAUGAUCUUACCCUACAAAACUUACGAUUCACGCCCCAUAUGUGGUACUUCCGGGCCAUAUAUCAACAGCCUCGAAUGGACGGCUUUAUGGUCAACGAACGGGCCAUUGAAUGCCCCGGUAUCCAUAUUUUCAUAGCGUCUCAAGGAGCCUUAUUCCGAAGCGUCAUACUGCCCUUUGUUCGAUCUAUCAUAGUUGAGAGCAACCCUCCCUAUGGUAUAUUGGACUUUACAGAUCAAGACUGCUUUCCUUCUGUGUACAACCUCAUCAUUCGGUCUCAAUGCCAUACGACUUUAACCCACUUGGCAGUAUAUGAUACACUUCUCACUGAAGAUAUCAUCAACGUCCUAUCAGAGCUGCCCUUCCUUAAAGAAUUGGCAUUCCAUUUUACCUGA